AUGGGUGUCAUUGGACUCACUGCAAGCGGCCUCGUCGGCGCUUUGCACAGCUACAUCUUGGUUCUCGAGAUGUUUCUCUGGACGAAGCCUCGUGGAAGAAAGGCUUUCAGACUCACGCCUGAGUUCGCCGAGCAGACCAAGACAAUGGCUGCCAAUCAGGGCCUCUACAACGGCUUCUUGUCCGCUGGAUUGAUUUGGUCGCUUCUUCACCCGAAUCCUGAGUUCUCAAAACAGCUUCAGAUCUUCUUCAACGGCUGUGUCUUGGUUGCAGGUGCAUAUGGUGGUCUCACCGCCAACAAGAAGAUUCUCUACAUCCAGACUGCUCCCGCGGCUCUCUCUCUUGGACUCGUCCUGUUGGAUAUGUAG